ACAAUGAAUCUCACAAAUGUCUCAUAUAUUGUACUUUAUGCUUAUUAUGACACUGGAGUCCUAAAAUAUUUAUUUUUCUCGGUGGUCCUGUUUCUGUAUGGACUUAUUAUUUGUUUUAAUCUUGUUCUGAUCGUGGUUAUCUGUGUGCACAGGAGUCUACAUGAACCUAUGUACAUGUUUCUGUGCAGCCUGUUUGUAAAUGAGCUGUAUGGAAGUUCAGGCUUGUUUCCAUUCCUGCUGGUUCAGAUUCUCUCAGACGUUCACACCAUUUCUCUUCCACUUUGUUUCCUGCAGGUCUUCUGUCUUUAUUCAUAUGGAAGUGUGGAAUUUUUCACUCUUGCAGUCAUGUCUUAUGACAGAUAUGUUGCCAUUUGCUUUCCUUUGCAGUACAACACCCUGAUGACAUCUAAUAAGACUGUUAGGCUUAUUGUUGUCAUGUGGUGUUAUCCUUUUCUUACUGUUAUGAUUUUGGUAUCAGUGACUGCAAGUUUGCAGCUGUGUGGGAACAUUAUUAAUAAGAUUUAUUGUGAUAACCCUUCUAUCAUUAAGCUGGCCUGUUUUAACAUCACAUUUAAUAAUGUUUAUGGAAUUGUAAAUGCAUUCUUCUUGAUUAUUUUCCCUGCUGUGUUGAUAUUUUGCACGUACAUGAGCAUCAUCAGAGUGUGUUUUUUUGGAUCCAAACAUACCCGACAGAAAGCUGUCAGUACCUGCACUCCUCAUUUAAUUUCUCUGUUCAACUUCUUUUUUGGUUGUUUCUUGGAUCUUUUAAUAAGCAAGUUAAAUAUGAACGGUGUUCCCAACGUAUUUCAGGUCAUAGGACACUCCGCAUUGGCUUAUCUAAUCACCUGUCAAACACUCUUAAACCCUGUUAUUUAUGGUCUAAAAAUGUCCACCAUACGUACUUCCUGUAAGAGUCUUGUUGGUAAAAUUCUGCAUCUUUUUUUAUAA